AUAAGCCUAUAAGCCUAUAAGCCUAUAAGCCUAUAAGCCUAUGAGCAUAUGAGCCUAUGUAUGAGCCUACGGCUCUGCCACAAUUGCUAGAUUGAGUCUAGUCUAGCUGCCUCUUGCUACCGACGCCGCAAGUUCAUUUUUAUUCCCAAUUUCGUCAUCCCCGAGGUACUCAGCCAAGCGAUGCUAGCAACCGCGCCAUUAUGAAGCUCUAUGCCAUCGGAGAUCUCCACCUGAGCUACGAGUUCAACAGGAAAGCCCUCGAGGAACUAAAACCGCACCCGGACGACGGUCUGAUCCUAUGCGGUGACGUAGGCGAGACGGCCGAGCACCUAGAGCUAGCCUUCUCGGCGGGCAAGCGUAACUUCAAAGAGGUCUUCUGGUGUCCCGGCAACCACGAGCUGUACUCGAUGCAGUCGUCGAGGCCAGACCUGCGCGGCGAGAGCAAGUACGAGCACUGCGUAGAAAUUGCGCGCAAGCACGGCGUGCACACGCCCGAAGACGACUUCGUGCGCUGGGAGGGCGAAGGCGGCCCGGCCGUCGUCGCGCCCGUCUUCACGCUGUACGACUACAGCUUCCGCCCGGCAGACGUCAGCCGCGAGAACGCGCUGCGCUGGGCCGAGGAGACGGAUACGGUGGCUACGGACGAGUUCCUGCUGCAUCCGGACCCGCACGCGUCGCGCGACGACUGGUGCCGCGUGCUGGUGCGGAAGUUCGAGGAGAAGCUGGCGCGCGCGGUGGCGCAGCAUCCGGAUGCCAAGCUUGUUAUCGCGAACCACUGGCCGCUGCGCGAGGACCUGGUGUACAUACCGCGGGUGCCGCGGUUCAGCCUCUGGUGCGGGACGAAAGCUACCGAGGACUGGCACACGCGGUUCCCGGCGAAGGUGGUGGUGUCGGGACACUUGCACGUGCCGCGCACGGACUGGAAGAAGGGGGUGCGGUUUGAGGAGUGCAGCUUGGGGUAUCCGAAGCAGUGGGGCGAUGUGCAUGCGAGCGGGAAGGAUAUCAAUGAUGUUUUGCGGGAGAUCUUGCCGGGGCCGGAGGCGCCGCUGGGUGGGGAGGCGGAGAUGAGGUGGCGGAGGUGGGUUUGAUGGGGAUGAAUAGGGGAUUGUAUGGGGGUAUGAGAUAUGAGGUAUGAGUUAUAAGGUAGUAUUAAAUCGUGUCGGGGUAUG